GCACCUCUCCGCGUGCGGGUCUGCCAGACUGAACGCCGCCGGCUGCUGCAAAGGAGCAGACACCAGCAUUUGCCACGAUGCUCUCAUCCAGUGACUUUUCAUCUGCUUCCUGGGAGCUCGUGGUUCGAGUGGACCAUCCCAAUGAAAAGGAGCAGAAAGAAAUCCUGCUGAGAGUGUCAGGGGACCUGCAUAUUGGGGGAGUGAUGCUCAAGUUAGUAGAACAGAUCAACAUAUCCCAAGACUGGUCAGACUUUGCUCUUUGGUGGGAGCAGAAGCAUUGUUGGCUUCUGAAAACCCACUGGACCCUGGACAAAUAUGGGGUCCAGGCAGAUGCAAAGCUUCUCUUCACCCCUCAGCACAAAAUGCUUCGCCUUCGCCUGCCAAAUGUGAAGACAGUAAGGUUGCGAGUCAGCUUCUCGGCCGUGGUUUUUAAAGCUGUCAGUAAUAUCUGCAAAACCCUGAAUAUUAGAAGACCAGAAGAACUUUCCUUGUUAAAGCCUUCUGGUGACUAUUUUAAGAAGAAGAAGAAAAAAGACAAAAAUAAUAGGGAACCCAUAAUUGAAGAUAUUCUAAACCUGGAGAGUUCUCCAACAAUUUCAGGUUCUCCAGUCAGCCCUGGCUUAUACAGUAAAACCAUGACUCCAACAUAUGAUCCCAUCAAUGGAACUCCGGUGUCAUCCACCAUGACGUGGUUCAGUGACAGCCCUUUGGCUGAACAAAAUUGCAACAUCCUCGCGUUCAGCCAACAUCCUCAGUCACCAGAAGCACUUGCAGAUAUGUUCCAGCCUCGGUCUCUGGUUGAUAAAGCCAAGCUCAAUGCAGGUUGGCUGGACUCUUCACGUUCCCUCAUGGAGCAAGACAUCCAAGAGGAUGAACAGCUUUUGUUACGGUUUAAAUACUAUACUUUCUUUGACUUGAACCCAAAAUACGAUGCUGUUCGAAUAAACCAACUCUAUGAACAAGCCAGGUGGGCCAUUCUCUUAGAAGAAAUUGACUGCACAGAGGAAGAAAUGUUGAUCUUUGCAGCACUGCAGUAUCAUAUUAGCAAACUGUCAUUGUCCGCUGACAUACAGGACUUCACCAAUGACUCCGAGGUUGAUGAAGUGGAAGCAGCACUUUCUAACUUGGAAGUGACCCUAGAAGGUGGAAAAGCAGACAGCCCUUUGGAGGACAUUACGGAUAUUCCUAAACUUGCAGAUAAUCUCAAAUUGUUUAGGCCCAAGAAGUUAAUAUUAAAAGCUUUGAAGCAAUAUUGGUUUGUCUUUAAAGACACAUCUAUAUCCUACUUUAAAAAUAAGGAACUUGAACAAGGAGAACCAGUAGAAAAAUUAAACCUCAGAGGCUGCGAAGUGGUACCAGAUGUAAAUGUAGCAGGGAGAAAAUUUGGAAUCAAGUUACUAAUCCCUGUUGCUGAUGGUAUGAAUGAAGUGAAUUUGAGAUGUGACCAUGAGAAUCAAUAUGCCCGAUGGAUGGCUGCCUGCAUCUUGGCAUCGAAGGGCAAAACCAUGGCAGACAGCUCCUACCAGCCAGAGGUCCUCAACAUCCUUUCAUUUCUGAGGAUGAAAAACAGGAACUCAGAAUUUCAGGUGCCCUCCAGUCUCGAAAGUAUGGACAUGAACCCAGAAUGUUUUGUGUCUCCCCGGUGUGCAAAAAGACACAAGUCUAAACAGCUGGCAGCCCGGAUCCUGGAAGCCCACCACAACGUGGCUCAGAUGCCUCUGGUCGAAGCCAAGCUGCGGUUCAUUCAAGCGUGGCAGUCGCUACCCGAAUUCGGCCUCACCUACUACCUUGUCAGAUUUAAAGGAUACAAGAAAGAUGACAUUCUGGGAGUUUCAUAUAAUAGGUUGAUUAGAAUUGAUGCAGUCACUGGGAUUCCAAUUACAACAUGGAGAUUCGCAAAUAUGAAACAGUGGAAUGUAAAUUGGGAAAUCCGGCAGGUGGCGAUUGAAUUUGACCAAAACGUCUCCAUGGCGUUUACCUGCCUGAGUGCAGAUUGCAAAGUUGUGCAUGAGUACAUCGGUGGCUACAUUUUCUUGUCCACUCGCUCCAAAGACCAGAAUGAAACACUCGACGAGGACCUGUUCCACAAAUUGACUGGCGGUCAGGAUUGAAGUGGAACAGGCCUGCUCGUCCCGUACAGACAGGGUGAGCCAAAGUCAGUCCUCCCUGAACAGAUGGGAUCCUUGGCUUGCC